CGUGUAUCCGAAUAGUGGGAUGAUGAAGAAUAGCUAUGGAGUCUGUGAAUCAACAUCAUAUUCAAGUCAAUCACCAAGAUCCAACGUUAGUCUUCAAGCCUAGAAGACGACAGCAAUAUGAAGUUUCGCGAUGGUAUGUGGUUGGUCAAUGACCAGUUUACCGUCCAACACGCCGAAGAAGUACACAACGUGACUCCGCGUGGAGAUAACACGGCUGUCACCCUUCUCUGUCCGACUAGAAAGAUCUUCUCCCGUGGCGACACGCUCAACCUGAGCACUCUUUCUAUCGAUAUCGAAGCGCAGUUCGACGGCGUGAUUUCUCUCGAGGUUACGCAUUUCGCUGGCGCUAGACGGCUUGGUCCCGAUUUCGAACUCUUCCCUGCUGGACGACCUGAGUCCAAAGGCGAGGUCGCUAAGAACGACAAAGGAACUACUAUUACAUCUGGCGCGUUGAGUGCUACUGUCAGUGGCAAUGAGCACUCAUUCGACAUCAAGUUCCACGCUACCGACGGUUCCAAAACAUUGACUUCACUACAAAAUCGCAGUGUUGGGCUUGCAUAUUCACCCGCAUUAAGCACACCGAAGACAGUGGAAGAUUUGAGUUCACACAAACACUACGUCUUCACACAGACCGAGCUGAGUGUCGGUGAGUCUAUUCAUGGACUUGGUGAGCGUUUCGGGGCGUGGAACAAGAUCGGCCAGAAUGUGGAAGUCUGGAACGAAGACGGGGGCACAUCGAGUGAGCAAGCUUACAAGAACAUCUCCUUCUGGUUGAGCUCGAGAGGCUAUGGCGUGUUUAUCGAUACGCCCGACAAGAUUGAUAUGGAGAUCGGGAGUGAGCGAUGUUCGAGAUUGCAAACGACUGUUGAAGGACAGCGACUGAAGUGGUAUCUUAUCUACGGUCCAACUCCGAAAGAAGUUCUAACAAAGUAUUCCAUUCUCACUGGGAAAGCAAGCCGCGUCCCAGCAUGGUCCUACGGUCUCUGGCUCAGCACUUCCUUCACAACUUCCUACGAUGAGAAAACAGUCCGUCACUUUGUCGAGAAAAUGUCUGAUUCCAAGAUCCCUGUCGAGGUCUUCCAUUUCGAUUGUUUCUGGCUCCGCGCCUUCCAUUGGUGCGACUUCAUCUGGGAUCCGCAGUCGUUCUCCGAUCCUGCGGGUCAAAUCAAACGCAUGAAGGACGCUGGACUCGUCAACAAAGUGAGUGUCUGGACAAAUCCAUACAUUGGACAAGCAAGUCCGGUGUUCAAAUACGCCGCAGAGAAAGGUUAUCUGCUCAAGAAAACAAAUGGCGAUGUAUGGCAGUGGGACCUCUGGCAGACAGGCAUGGCAGUUGUAGAUUUUACAAAUCCCGAAGCUUGCGAGUGGUUCCGAGGAUGCAUGGAGUCCUUGUUCGAAAUGGGUGUUGAUUCGAUCAAGACGGACUUUGGCGAGCGCAUACCGACGAAGAAUGUUCAGUGGCAUGACAAGAACGUGGAUCCCAGCCGCAUGCACAACUACUAUGCUUUCAUAUACAACAAGCUAGUAUACGAAGCCGUACAGAAGCGUUACGGCAAGCACGAAGCAAUCUUGUUUGCCCGCACUGCAUGCGCAGGCACCCAGCGGUUCCCACUGCAAUGGGGCGGCGACUGCGAGUCCACGCCUGCUGCGCUCGCAGAGUCCGUCCGCGGAGGACUGAGUUUGGGUCUUGCUUCAUUCGCAUUCUGGACCAGCGAUAUCGGUGGCUUCGAGGGCAGUCCACCACCGUGGAUUUACAAGCGGUGGGUAGCAUUUGGACUGCUUAACUCGCAUAGCCGUCUCCACGGAUCGAACUCUUACCGUGUUCCUUGGCUAGUUGACAACUCGUCAACGGAGCCCGAGAACUGCACGGAUGUACUUCGACACUGGGUACAACUUAAACGCCAGUUAAUGCCGUAUUUGUACGCUCAGGCGGAAGAGAGUAUUGCCAAUGGUUGGCCAACUAGUGUGCGUGCAGUUGCGCUUGAGUUCCCCAAUGACCCAACGUCCUGGCACUUGGACCGCGAGUUCAUGGUAGGAAGUCAGAUCUUAGCUGUCCCAGUCUUCGAAGAAGAUGGAAGUGCAGAGUAUUACCUUCCACCCGGUCGCUGGUUCAGCUUCUGGGACGGCAAGGAAGUGCAGGGUGGUAGAUGGGUCAAGGAAAAGUUCGGCUUCCUUCAUUGUCCUUUGUUUGUCAGAGAAGGUACUGUGUUGGUGCUUGGACAAGCGGAGGGCGAGGGUGGCUUUGGGUACGACUGGCUCAGCUCUGGAGGCGAAGUGAGGCUCUAUGGAGUUAGUGAAGGCGAUAAAGCGGUCUUAGUGAAUACGGUUGGUGAGCCGAAAGGAAAGCUAGAGGUUCACGGCAGCGGUGAGCUCAGAGGCAUCGAGGCUCUGAGUGGUGAUUGGAAGGUAUCUAAGCUUGGAUAGGAGAGCGGGCCGACAUCAACCACCGGCUCUAUUCAACAAGCACAACACAAUUGCAGUCGUCGUGUGCAAGGCUUGAAGUAGGAGUCUUACCGCAGGAGCACGGGCAUGAUUAUAAGGCGGGCCGGCGGGCGUGAAAAGCGGCACUUAAUCAUUGGCGGG